AUGCAAGACAUAAUCGACACGUACGAAAUAAUUGGGAAAAUAGAUGAUCAGAAAUCCAUUUCUUCGAACAGUUUGCUCAGCAAUGAGGAAUCCCAUGAGGAAUCUCAUGAAGAGUCCCUGGGUGCAGGGGGGCAGGACCCCAAUUUGGACAACACGGAGAGAAAACAAUUAAGCAACAACGCGGAUGGGAGAAUCAUCGAAAGUACGAUGAAUGGGGAAGAGGCUGAACAAGCGAGCAAAGUAAACGGGUGUGAAAGGGACAAAGUAGGGUGUUCAAAAGGGGACACGAGUAACUCCAAAAGUUGCACGAUGGAAAAUGUGAAGGGCGAAUUCGAGGGGGAGACAAAUGGUGGCAACUUAAAUGGUGGGAAUGAAAACAACUUCGUGAGCAUCCACAAUGGUGCUGGGAAGGACGCCCCCAUUGGGGAAACGGAAAGCAAAAAAAAUAACCAAAUUGAGGAAACUCUAAAUGGGGGUACUCCCCAUGGAGGAAACCCCCCCACGGCGAACAACCCAUAUUGCAACCCCAACCAGGAAAGAACCUCCCAAAUUGGCAACUCGAAAAAUAACUGUAAGAAGCAUUACAAAGUGCUCAUACACGCGCCUGCCUGCUGGAAGGGAGAAAAGUUUAACUCCACUCCGUUCAUUUUUGUAUACGAUAAAUCAAGUAACUUUUUUACAUAUAGUGAAUCUCCACUGGAAAUUGAAAAAUACAUAAUCGAUACGAGUGCAGAAGAUUUCCAAAGCAGAGUUCUGACAAUUAUUUUUUACGACUCCGUUUUUGCUUGCACCACUUCAUCUCUUCUUCUGAAGAACAACAAGGGAGAUAUUCAGAACUUGCCCAAGCCACUCAGUGUGUUCUAUCUCCCCCUAAGCAAGCUAGACUUAUGUAACGAUUCGGUUAAGUAUAGGUUGGCUCUUAGAACGAAUAGUAUCCUUUGCGAUGUAAAUAUUAAGGAAGCAAUUAGCUUGUUCAAUAACAAUUCUAAAAUAGCAGGACCGAAUGUAAAUAAGUUCAGUCUACAUUUUAUUUUAAAAAAUAGAAACUACAAUGACAAUGAGCCGUAUGGAUAUUUGAAUUAUCAGACAAAGUUUUACGGGUUGCCCAGAUCUAACCUCUCAUCCUGUGUGCAAAAGUACACAGGGGCCAAUAUGGAUAAACCCCCCAGCAACGUGGCCAAUAGGUACUUACCCAAAUCGUCCAAGAGUCAGGUGUAUACAUUCACAAAACAUGAGACGGAUCCGAACCAGUUUGCUUCCCUCGAGAGGUUAAAAAAUAAAUGGGAAAAUUACAACCACGUGAAUAAUGAAAAGAGGACUCAAAACCAUUCGGUAUACAAUCCCUUAAAAAAAAAGGACACCAAACUUACUUCGUACGAUAUACCAAACGAUAAUGAAUCCUUUGUUAGCAGGGUCAAAUCGGAGGUGGCUCGUCAGGAGGCCGCCAUGGCUGCGAAACGAUCAUCUCGAAAUGACACCCGAAGGUUUGGCGAAGUGAACAAUGAAGGGGGAAACCCACUCAACAGGAACCACCCCAACAGAAAGGACACUUACAAUACGAAUGAUCAGAUCAACUCAUACAAUUAUGGGAAGACCAAAUCGAUGUAUGAUAUUAUGCAUUCCAGUAGGGAGAAGCUGUCGGCCGAUUUGGACGUGAAGGAUGACGUGUUCCCAGAAGACAGUGCGUCCAUGAUAAACGUUUUUGAAAAGGGGUCCAUUUUUUCCGAACGGGGGAAGCAGGGCGUAGAAGGGGGAAGCACCUUAACUAGCAAUAUGAGGGUCGCCAAAGAUAUGUACUCUCGUGUGAAGAGCGUUAUGAAGAAGCGGGGAGAUGCUAGUGGUCACACUGGGGAUAACUAUGGAGACCGUUUGGACGGAAAACCGGAGGAAGGCAACCCAAAGGGUCAGGUGGACCCAUUCGAAGAGGAUAGAUCGGCGUGCUAUUCCCAGGUGGACAACUUCAGAUACUUCAACACGAACAACUCCGUGUGUUCGUCCUACGGAAAGAAUGACGAAAACGUAAUUCUGGCCAUGAAGGAGAUUAAGGAGUGGAUGGAAAAGAUAGAAGACAAGAUGAGCACCAUCUCCUGUGACAAAAGCGACCUUAACGCAGCAGUAGGGAAUAAGGAACCCACAGAUAAGAAGUAUAACAAAAUUAUAGCCUUCCUCAUGAAAAGCGUCAAAAAUAACAUAAGGCUGAAAAAUAAGUGCAUAUACAGAAGCUGCUAUCUGAACAUACGAAAUUUGUACUUGUUAAAAAAAAAUGAAAAAGUUAAGUUUGAAAACAAACUCAUGAUGAGAAAUUACGGGAAUUUAAAGUCCAAGUAUAAAAACGUACUCGUAAAUCUGUGCAAAAAAAACCUACUCAUAAAGUACUAUUCCAUAAAGGACAAAUUUCAAUACAGCAAGAAGUACGAAAAUAUGAUGAGACACCUGCAGCAGGAGAAGAAUGACCUACUGAGCGUUAUAGAAGAGAAGAAGUACCAGCAGGAAAACAGCCACAAUAUUAAUAUGAUGCUUUCGGAGGAGUUAAAAAAGGCGCAGGAAGAUAAGGAGUCCAUUUUGAGCGAAAAUUUUUUCUACAAAAGUGAGACGGAUAAAGCUGCCACCAAGUGUAAGUUGCUCCAGAAGGAGGUGGACCGCCUGAACGAGGAGCUGCAAUGCGCCAAACGGGAAAGUGAAAAGGCGAAAACGGGGACAGGGCAGAUCAAACUGGAAACAGAACAACUGAGAAUAGAAAGGGAACAGCUUAAGAUGGAGAGGGAACAACUCAAAAUAGAGACCGAGCAACUAAAAAUGGAGACGGAGCAACGCAAACGGGAGAAGGACGCCCUGAUAAAGGAACUGGGAGACACGAAGGCGAAGUAUUUCAACCUGACGGGGAUACUAGAAGGGGAGGAAAAAAUGUACAGCCAGAAGGUUAAAGAGUUGGAGAAAAAAAUCGAAAAUCUGACAGAAGAAAAAAAUACACUCAUUAGUGAGAUAAAAAGCGAAAUUGAUAAUUUCACAAAAAUGCUAAAUGAUAAAGAAAUGGAAAAUACAAAAAUGAAGGAAAAACUGAAGGAGUUAAAAAAUGUAGAGGAGAAAUACAAAGACACGCAAAUAAACUUUGAUUCGCUUAAGAAAGAAUUUGAAAAGUCCUUCGAUGAGGUCCAAAUUAUUUUAAAAGAAAUGAUACAAAAGGAGAAAGAAUACACGAAAAAGUACAACAACAACAUCAAAUCUUUAGAGACGGAACAUAAGAAGGUUGUGGAGAAACUACUCACCGAGAAGGAGCAAUCCGUGACAGAAACGAAUUACUACAAAGAGGUAUGUCAUAGUCAAUGUAGUAAAAUGACCUCCUUCGAUGAAAGUCUAACCACAGCGGAAAAAUUGCUAAACCAUGUUUUGUCUCAGUACCCACAAUUGUUCAACGAAUUUAAAGUCAGCUCCAGAAACAAUGUGCUAAAUAAAUCCUUUGGAAAAAUGCACUACGAAAAUAUACAAGCUGUUAGAGAUAAUAUUAAACUGAUUAGGAAGUCCUUGAGUCAAUUCAAAAUGAGCUUUAAAAAUAGUUCCUUCAACUUCCAAAUGGGGUCUGAUUACGGUAGGAAGUACUCCACCCAGAAGAAGACAAGCCUGUCGACCACCACGGGAAAUAAACGAAUGAACAGCAUUAUGAGGUAUUAUGAGAGCUAUCACAAAUAUUCUAACCAGAGGGAGCAGCCACCAUACGACGAGGACGAACCUUUAUAUGAAGAGCAAACCAGCAGGAGGAGAUCCAUAAGCAAUAACAGCGCUAGAAAUAUGUCUAUCAUUUCGAACACCGGGAAAAGCAUAAACUUGAAGAGCAAAAUCGAUUCGUACAAUGCUGACCUCCAGAGGAAUGUCUCCCAAAGUAGAUGCAGAAGUGGAUCCAUUCAUGGCAAGCAGAAGGUAUCCCCAUUAUAUGACGACUUGAAGAAAAGGCCCCCUAGCCGAAAGGGAAGCCACGAUGAAGGGGCUCCAAAUGAGAACGUAGAACAUGGCAACUUGGAUGAUCAGCUCACCGAAAGGGACUCAUCAAGGUACACCAAAUCGAGGAGCGAACAUCUCGGUGAGGAGACCCCCAAGGGUGGACACAUUUCCCCUGGAAAGACCUACGAGGAUGGGAUAGAAUGGCACGCAGACCCCAGCAACGGCAUAAGGGGGAUGAGUCACGUAAUUGGCACAAACGACAUGGACCAGCUGAACCACAUCGAUAUUGUAAACAUGUACGAAGAGAGUGGCUACUUCGACCAGGGGGAAGCCAAGAAUGGAUCCCCCCACGGCACAUCGAACAAUCUGUCGAACGUCCCAUCCAAUGCAGCCGGGAUAGACGCAGAGGGAGAUUUCUCCAACGACCACCCAAGCAAAACGGAAGCAAAAAGAAAAAACAACGCGAAGGAAAACUACGAGUUUGACAAGAACAACUUUAAGGAAAUCAUAUCCUUUAUAGAAAAAAACGUUAUAAAAAAUUCAGACACUUUAAAUACAAGUGGGAAGGAUAGAAAGAACGUAGAUGAUUGGAAGGGAGGAGAAGCCACGUGCGAAAAUGAGGAGGAAAAGGACAGAUCACCCAGGAGGGCACAAACGGGUCAGAAAAAUAUUUAUCAAUCCGCUGAUAGCAAAAAAAUAGGAACGUCUAAUUACACAGAUAAGGUGAGCAAACACGUUACAGACAACAACGUUCUCAAAAGUGUUAGUAAUAAUUCCAGGGCGAAUAGUGGUCGAGGUAAUAUAGUAAGCAGCAAGGGUGAUAACCCGAUUGGACUACAAAGCAGCAGAACCAAGAACCCAAGCAACACGACACCAGUGACCAAAGUGGUAGUAGGCAGUUCCAGGAAGAACUCCUCCAUGAUUUACGGAAAGGGAAGCGAAAGUGGCACCGUCGGUAAUAAAAAUGACGAUGCGGAGAAAAGACAUAUUAGUACUAGCUAUAAGUACAAGGCUGCAGAUGAGUCUGCUAAACAUUUGAAAAAAGACAACACGGACGUUCUCAAAUACGCGAAGGGGUCCAUAGUAAGAAAGAGUGUAACUCCGGACAAGGAAAGGAAUACAAGUAGCAAUGCGAAUAAAUCAGCUCUUUCGAGGGCAUAA